GUCAGAAGUUACUUUCACUUUGUUCCCGUUUUGAUGCAGAAGUUUUCCUCGUCGUUAAACUCUUGGAAAGAUGGCGACUCCUAAAAAGAUCCUCGUCAGCACUUUGGAAUAUUUGGGGAAAGAGGACUUUAAAGAGUUCAAGUGGUACCUGCAGGAGGAGGUCCUAGGAUUCAAAGGAAUCCCAAAGAGUCGACUGGAGGAUGCAGACCGGAUGGACACAGUGGAUCAGAUGUUUCUAAACUACUGCAUAAACACGUUCAAAGUGACCAUAAUGGUUUUGGGGGAGAUAAAGCAAAAUGAUCUAAAGGAGAAAUUAUCAAAACACCAUUCAGAACCUGCAGAGAUUGUUUCUAAGUGCCAAGCUGAACUCAAAUCAAACCUGAAGAAAAAGUCUGAAUUCAUAUCUGAAAAAAUCACAAAAAAAGGAAAUUUAAAACCCCUGCAUGAAAUCUACACCGAGAACUACAUCACAGAGGGGGAGGAUGCAGAGGUCAACAUGGAACAUGAGGUCAGACAGAUUGAAACAGCAUCCAGGAAACCAGACAGACCAGAAACAACCAUCAGACAAGAAGACCUCUUUAAAGCCUCACCUGGAAGAGAUGCACCAAUCAGAGUGAUGACAAAGGGAGUGGCUGGCAUUGGGAAAACAGUCUUAACACAGAAGUUCACUCUGGACUGGGCUGAAGGCAAAGCCAACCAGGACAUCCAGUUCAUAUUUCCAUUCACUUUCAGAGAGCUGAAUGUGGUGAGAGAGAACAAGUACAGCUUGGUGGAACUCGUUCAUCAGUUCUUCACCGAAACCAGAGACGCAGGAAUCUGCAGGUUUGAUCAGUUCCCGGUUGUGUUCAUCUUUGACGGUCUGGAUGAGUGUCGACUUCCUCUGGACUUCCACAACACUGAGAUCCUGACUGACGUCACAGAGUCCACCUCAGUGGAUGUGCUGCUGACAAACCUCAUCAGGGGGAAGCUGCUUCCCUCUGCUCACCUCUGGAUAACCACACGACCUGCAGCAGCCAAUCAGAUCCCUCCUGAGUGUGUGGACAUGGUGACAGAGGUCCGAGGGUUCACUGACCCACAGAAGGAGGAGUACUUCAGGAAGAGAUUCAGAGAUCAGGAGCAGGCCGACACCAUCAUCUCCCACAUCAAGACCUCACGAAGCCUCCACAUCAUGUGCCACAUCCCAGUCUUCUGCUGGAUCUCUGCUUCAGUUCUGGAGGACAUGUUGAAAACCAGAGAGGGAGGAGAGCUGCCCAAGACCCUGACUGAGAUGUACAUCCACUUCCUGGUGGUUCAGUCCAAAGUCAAGAACGUCAAGUAUCAUGGAAAAAGUGAGAGACAUUCCCACUGGAGUCCAGAGAGCAGGAAGAUGAUGGAGUCUCUGGGAAAACUGGCUUUUGAGCAGCUGCAGAAAGGCAACCUGAUCUUCUAUGAGUCCGACCUGACAGAGUGUGGCAUCGAUAUCAGAGCAGCCUCAGUGUACUCAGGAGUGUUCACGCAGGUCUUUAGAGAGGUGAGAGGAACGUACACGAAUGAGGUGUUCUGCUUCGUCCAUCUGAGCGUUCAGGAGUUUCUGGCUGCUCUUCAUGUCCAUCUGACCUUCAUCACCUCUGGAGUCAACCUGCUGUCAGAAGAACCAACAACCUCCCAGAAGUCUGAAGUCAAACCUGAACUAACACAUCUCUACCAGAGUGCUGUGGACCAGGCCUUACAGAGUCCAAAUGGACACCUGGACUUGUUACUCCGCUUCCUCCUGGGUCUUUCACUGCAUACCAAUCAGAAACUCCUACGAGGCCUGCUGACACAGACAGGAAGUGACUCAGAGACUGAAGAGGAAACAGUCCAGUACAUCAAGAAGAAGAUGGAUGAGGAUCUGUCUCCAGAGAGAAGCAUCAACCUGUUGCACUGUCUGAAUGAACUGAAUGACCAUUCUCUAGUGGAGGAGAUCCAACGGUACCUGAGUUUAGAAAAUCUCUCCAGAGUUAAUCUCUCUCCUGCUGAAUGGUCAGCUCUGGUCUUCAUCUUACUGUCAUCAGAAGAAGAUCUGGACGUGUUUGACCUGAAGAAAUACUCUGCUUCAGAGGAGGCUCUUCUGAGGCUGCUGCCAGUGGUCAAAGCCUCCAACAAAGCUCUACUGAGUGGCUGCAACCUGUCAGAGAGAAGCUGUGAAGCUCUGUCCUCAGUCCUCAGCUCCCAGUCCUCUAGUCUGAGAGAUCUGGACCUGAGUAACAACGACCUGCAGGAUUCAGGAGUGAAGCUGCUGUCUGCUGGACUGGAGAGUCCCACUGAACUAAAGACUCUCAGUCUGUCAGGCUGUCAGGUCACAAAGGAAGGCUGUGUUUCUCUGGCUUCAGCUCUGAGCUCCAACCUCUCCCAUCUGAGAGAGCUGGACCUGAGCUACAAUCAUCCAGGAGACUCAGGAGAGCAGCUGCUGUCUGCUGGACUGGAGACACUCAGGAUGGACCAUGGUGGACCGCAGUGGUUGAAACCUGGUCUGAGGAAGUAUGCCUGUGAACUGGAGCUGGACCCAAACACAGCACACAGGAACCUUGAACUGUCUGACAACAACAGGAAGGUAACAUAUGUGAGAGAGGAGGAGCAGCCAUAUCCUGAUCAUCCAGAGAGAUUUGAUGGCUGGCCUCAGCUGAUGUGUAGAGAAGCUCUGACUGGUCGCUGUUACUGGGAGGUCGUGUGGAGAGGAGACGCUUAUAUAUCAGUGACUUACAGAGGAAUCAGCAGGAGAGGAGACAGUGAGGACUGUGUGUUUGGAGGGAAUGAUCAGUCCUGGCGUCUGGAGUGCGCUACUGGUCGUUACUUUGUCUGUCACAAUAACAAAAAAACACGCAUCUCCCUCUCCUCCUCCCCCUCCACCUCUGCUAGAGUAGCAGUGUAUCUGGAUCAUCCUGCUGGCUCUCUCUCCUUCUACAGAGUCUCCUCUGACACACUGAUCCGCCUCCACACCUUCAGAACCACAUUCACUGAACCUCUCUAUGCUGGGUUUGGGUUUGGGUUUGGGUUCGGGCUUCGGUUUUCUGGUUCCUCAGUGUCUCUGGUUCCUCUGCAGGUCUGAGGGUCUCUCCUGACGAAGGAAACUGACUUCAGAUUAGCUGCUGAAAUCAGUUCAGUGUGUUCACCAUCACACACACAUCUGUCUCACACUCGGACACAAAACAUUUAUCUGAUUCCAUCCCUAUGGCAUUUACAUUUGCUUGUUCUAUAUUUAGUGGUCAGUGUUUGCUGCCAUAAAUUGAUUCUUAAUCCAGUUUGAAGCCACAUGUUUACCAUAUGCAGUGUGGUAUGCAAUAAUCAGAAAUAUUUUCUUUGUUUUGAUUCAAAAUUCUGUAUGCAAAGGCUGGUUUGCCUUCGCUAACUGUACGGAGGCUCAGUCACUGGUACAUUUUUAUAUAUAUGGAAGAGA